AUGGACAAAUUCAGUGUGGGCCGUGCAGGUGCUGGGACAGGGGCCGAGGCUGAGGCAGAGGCCAUUCCCAGUGGAGGAGGGGCAGAGGUAGAGGUCCGUGCCACAGUUUGUCCAGUGGUUGGCUGGAUUAAGGACAAAGAGAUCCAUGUCAGACACCACAUUACUGAGCACAUCACAAAAGAAUUUAGCAGUAUGUCCAACCGGCCUCACAACCGCAGACCACAUGUAAGCACGCCAGCCCAGGAUCUCCACAUCCGGAUCCUUCACCUGCCAGAUAGCCUGACACCAGCCACCCGGACAGCUGAUGAAACUGAGUAUUUCUCCAUGAAGAGAGCCAACGUCUUUAUUCUGCUUCUUGCUGGUGUGUUGGUCAAUGGAAAAGACCUCCGCUGGCAGAACAACUAUGACGAGCCGUUAUUCUUUAAUUGCCCUUCAGGACAAUCCAUCUCUCACAUAGAGAGUGAGCAUCACAACAAACAUGAAGACCGUGUGUGGGACUUUAGGUGCAAAGCCACGUUUGACUCAGCAACUAACUGCUUUACGUCUUCCUACGUAAAUGGCUUUGACAGACCUUUGAGCUACCAAUGCCCAACCUCUCAGGUCAUCACAGGGAUGCACAGCUAUCAUGAGAACAAGCAUGAGGACAGAAGAUGGAAGUUCACCUGCUGUGGAGCCAGCAACUUCUGUACUGAUACCUGCCAGUGGACAAACUACGUAAACUCGUUUGAUGAGGCCUUCGCAUUUGAUGUCCCAUCAAAUACCUACCUGAUUGGAGCUGAAAGCUACCAUGAAAACAAGCAUGAAGAUCGUCGCUGGAAAUACCAAUACUGUACCAGAAGGUCAUGCUGAAUCUAUAACUGAUUCUACCAACAAUCAGAUUAUUUUAUCCAUUGUUGUCUCUUGACAACCUUGAAAGAAAUUCAUGAUUAAAGAUACUUGCAUUA